AACAAAUCUCUUAAUCUCUCCAAAUAAACCCUCAAACAAUUGCUCAGAAAAACUCUCCUUUUUCUGUGCUCCAAAUAUGCCCAAACCAAUCUCCAAUCAAAGACAAAGAAACGCUAAUUCGUAUGUUGGUAUUUAUAGCAAACACCAAACCCAAUAAGAACAGGAAACCAAAACUGGACUUUGACCCGAUUGGCGGUCGACCGCGAUCCAGCGACAAAGACCAAAUUCGCCUACAGGGUCUGGCGGGCGGCCGUGGCGAUCGACCGCAACGAAUCCAAAAUCACACCCUGAGCCUGUGCACGUUUGCGGUCGACCGGCCUUGCGCCACGGUCGACCACGCAGCUUCCAAACAGUUCCCCUGCGCUUCCAAAACCUGUUCUUCACCAAAUUUCUCACCGAUUCUACAGGUGCAAUUUCAGCACUCUCUUAAUUUAUUCUGCGCUUAAUUAAUACUGCUGGUUAACGGGAAAUCUCAACUGCUAGCAAUUCUCAAAAAAGGAAAUAGGCAAGUAUAUGAAAAUACUCGGUGAAGCAUUGAAACUUUGCCAACCCAUCAACAGCAACUCGAUAUCUGUUCACAGGCCUAGGUUUUGUACUCUCCUCCAGCUCAACAAAUCUGCCCAGGAGCUUGCAGCCCAUAUUGGAGAAGUUGUCAUCAACAAAUGCUUCUGUACAAGAAGAAACCCCAUCAGCAUCUCCGCUGCUGAUAUUUACCUAGCUUGCCAACUCGAAGACAAGCGAAAAACUCAAGCUGAAAUCUGCAAGGUAACAGGUCUCACUGAGGUCACUCUUUGUAAAGUGUACAAAGAACUCCAGCAGUGCCCCCCUUAGAAAGCUUUUCCUAAGGCUUUAAUAACUUCUGGCCGAUCAUCAACUCCUAAAGUUGAAGCUUCUGAAGAUAAGCCUCCAAGAGUUUUAAAAAACCUGAGGUUAGGGAAGAAGAUGACUGUUCUUUGGCAUUGUUGUAUACUCGUGAUUUGAAUACGGCAGCAUUUUGGCAGAAAGAUGAGGCCAAGGAUGUGCAUUUUUCUGAGUUUGAUCAGAAGGUCAAUACAGACUCGAUACUUGAUAGUAGCACAAGAUGGAUGAGGCAAACGACGUGUACAUCAUCAUCUCAAGGAUACAAUUCUUGGCAAUUUAAUCGUACCUGGAUCUUCCAAUGCUCGGUCUGGAAAGCCUCAAAAAUGGUUAGGAAACAAGACUGGAAGUGGGAGUGCUGAUGGUUGAUGCUGUUGAAUGUAAUGAAAUAGUUGACUGCAAUUUAUAGUCACUGUUCUUUGAGCGGUAUAUAUUUGUAAUCUGGAAUUACUAUGGCAAGCACAUAAUUUAUACUGUUUCUUGCGCAGUAUAGUGUGUAUUGUGCCGGUCUACUGUAUUGAAGAAUGACAAAUUACUUAAA